AAUGGGAUCGCAAUUAUUUAAAAAAGGAGUAGAUAAACUAUAACCACCAACAAAAUCAUUCUUUGAAUUUGAACUUAAUAACAUUGAUGGGUAGAAAACUUAACUUUCAUAAUUCAAAGGCAAAAAAGCAUACAUUUGUGUUAAUGUUGCCUGUUCUUGUGGGUUAACAUCCUCAAAUUAUAGUGAACUUGUUGAACUAUAUAAAUCAUAUAGGUACCAUAUAAUAUAUUAUUUAGUGAAUAAGGUUUAGAGAUAUUAGGAUUUCCAUGUAAUCAAUUUAUGGGUUAAGAAUCUAAACCUGAACCUGAAAUAAAGGAAUUUGUUCUAUCCAAAUAUGGGGUUUCCUUUCCAUUAUUUUAGUAAUGAUAUAAAAAUAUUUAAGAAAAAUUGAAGUUAAUGGUUAAAACACUCAUGAACUUUAUAGAUAUUUAAGAUUAAACAGUUCAUUAAAAGUUAGUAGUAAUGAAGCUAAAGAAGUACCAUGGAAUUUUGGAAAAUUCUUAUUAAAUUCAUAAGGUUAGAUAGUGAAAUUUUAUGAUCCAGAUGUUAAACCAAAAGAAAUGAAACAAGAAAUUGAGAAGUUGUUAAAUCAAUGA